UCCCUGGCGCUCCCUGACCCGGACGCUCUCCGGGCCAAUAUGGCAGCGCCCAGCAAUAAGACAGAGCUGGCCUGGAGUCCGCGGCUGGCUGCGUGAGUAGGUGAUUGUCUGACAAGCAGAGGCAUGAGCUGGGUCCAGGCCACCCUACUGGCCCGAGGCCUCUGUAGGGCCUGGGGAGGCAGCUGCGGGGCCGCCCUCACAGGAACCUCCAUCUCUCAGCUCCCUUGCCAGCUCCCUCGGGGCCUCCACUGCAGCGCAGCCGCCUAUAGCUCUGAACAGUCCCUGGUUCCCAGCCCACCGGAACCCCGGCAGAGGCCCACCAAGGCUCUGGUGCCCUUUGAGGACCUGUUUGGGCAGGCGCCUAGUGGGGAACGGGACAAGGCGAGCUUCCUGCAGGCGGUGCAGAAAUUUGGGGAGCACAGCGUGCGUAAGCGGGGCCAUGUUGACUUCAUCUACCUGGCCCUGCGCAAGAUGCGGGAGUAUGGUGUCGAGCGGGACCUGGCUGUGUACAACCAGCUGCUCAACAUCUUCCCCAAGGAGGUCUUCCGGCCUCGCAGCAUCAUCCAGCGCAUCUUCGUCCACUACCCUCGGCAGCAAGAGUGUGGGAUUGCUGUCCUGGAGCAGAUGGAGAACCACGGUGUGAUGCCCAACAAGGAGACGGAGUUCCUGCUGAUUGAGAUAUUUGGACGCAAAAGCUACCCCAUGCUCAAGUUGGUGCGCCUGAAGCUGUGGUUCCCUCGAUUCAUGAACAUCAACCCCUUCCCAGUGCCCCGGGACCUGCCCCAGGACCCUGUGGAGCUGGCCAUGUUUGGCCUGCGACACAUGGAGCCUGACCUUAGUGCCAGGGUCACCAUCUACCAGGUUCCUUUGCCCAAAGACUCAACAGGUGCAGCAGAUCCCCCCCAGCCCCACAUCGUAGGUAAGUCCGUGGGCAUGGGGGCCGCCACGUCUCUAACCUGGCCCAGGCCCUGCCAGGUUCCUGCUGGGCCUAGGCUGGGCUCCCUGGGCCUCUGCGCCAAGUCCCUUGCAGGGCACAGGGCAUGUAUGUCUCCACACCAGGAAUCCAGAGUCCCGAUCAGCAGGCUGCCCUGGCCCGCCACAGUCCAGCCCGGCCUGUCUUUGUUGAGGGCCCCUUCUCCCUGUGGCUCCGCAAUAAGUGUGUGUAUUACCACAUCCUCAGAGCUGACUUGCUGCCCCCGGAGGAGAGGGAAGUUGAAGAGAUGCCAGAGGAGUGGAACCUCUACUACCCGAUGCAGCUGGACCUGGAGUAUGCGAGGAGUGGCUGGGACAACUACGAGUUUGACAUCAAUGAAGUGGAGGAAGGCCCUGUCUUCGCCAUGUGUAUGGCGGGUGCCCAUGACCAGGCGACGCUGGCUAAGUGGAUCCAGGGCCUGCAGGAGACCAACCCAACCCUGGCUCAGAUCCCCGUGGUCUUCCGCCUGGUCGGGUCCACCGGGGAGCUCCAGACAUCCUCUGCAGGGCUGGAGGAGCCGCCCCUGCCCGAGGACCACCAGGAAGAAGACGACAACCUGCAGCGACAGCAGCAGGGCCAGAGCUGAGUCUGAGCCGGCGCGAGGGCACAGGCUGUGGCCCGAGGAGGCGGUGGACUGAAGGCAUGAGAUGCCCUUUGAGUGUACAGCAAAUCAAUGUUUUCCUGCUUGGGCUCUCCUCCCUCAUCUCUAGCAGUAUGACAUCCCCUCCCCAGGAUCUCAGACUGUCAGCGGUGGGCAGGCGAGACCCCUCCAGAGUCUGCAGGCGCCUCUGGUUCUCCAAGUUUAAAUAAAAAGGGGUGGGUGGGGUCGUUGUCGGUUGUGCGCA